AUCUUUGCCCCCAUAUAUAGCAUAUAAGCAUAUUAUCACAUUUCCAACCCCCAUCUUCAUUCACAUUAUUUCAAACUAUAUAAUAUAUAGUUUCUUACUUUGUUAAUAUCACAAGCUAAAGGAGAUUCAUUAGCUUGAGAUUAAGUUUGUUAAUCUUCUUUAAUUUACGGUUAAUUAAGCUCGGUUUCGGCCUUUCGAAACCAUUAAUAUGGGUACUCAAGCUCCUUCUCAACCUAAUAAUAACUCAGACGUGGAAGCGAAGUUGCAGAAACAAAAGGAGAUCGAUGAUUGGCUACCGAUCACUUCUUCAAGAAACGCGAAAUGGUGGUACUCGGCUUUCCACAACGUCACGGCCAUGGUCGGCGCCGGAGUCCUUAGUCUUCCGUACGCCAUGUCUAACUUAGGAUGGGGACCAGGAGUGGUAAUCCUAGUACUAUCAUGGGUCAUAACCCUAUACACCCUAUGGCAAAUGGUGGAGAUGCACGAAAUGGUGCCCGGAAAGCGGUUCGACCGGUACCACGAGCUCGGACAAUACGCGUUCGGCGAGAAGCUAGGGUUAUGGAUUGUGGUGCCACAACAACUUAUUGUUGAAGUUGGUGUCAACAUUGUAUACAUGGUCACAGGAGGAAGGUCACUCCAAAAGGUCCAUGAUAUUAUUUGUGCUAACAAAACUAGUUGUGCACCCAUGAAAACCACAUACUUUAUCAUGAUCUUCUCCUCCGUACACUUCGUGUUGUCUCACCUCCCUAACUUGAACUCCAUCGCCGGUGUCUCGUUGGCCGCGGCGGUCAUGUCUCUCAGCUACUCAACAAUUGCAUGGGCAGCAUCAUUAGGCAAAGGUGUACAACCACAAGUUUCAUACGGGUCAAGGCACAGUAGUGAUGUAGGCAAGAUGUUUGGCUUCUUCAACGCCCUCGGCGACGUGGCAUUCGCCUACGCCGGCCACAACGUGGUGCUCGAGAUCCAAGCCACCAUCCCUUCCACCCCGGAAAAGCCGUCCAAGGGACCGAUGUGGAAGGGUGUCAUCGUCGCAUACAUCGUCGUUGCCAUUUGCUAUUUCCCUGUUGCCUUGAUUGGUUACUGGGUUUUUGGCAAUAGUGUUAAGGAUAACAUCCUUCUUUCUCUUGAGAAACCUGGAUGGCUUAUUGGUAUGGCCAACAUCUUCGUCGUCAUCCACGUCAUCGGAAGUUAUCAGAUAUACGCCAUGCCCGUGUUUGACAUGAUUGAGACUGUGCUAGUGAAGAAGUUGAGCUUCAGGCCCACUUGGUACCUUAGAUUUAUUUCUCGCAACCUUUACGUUGCAUUUACAAUGUUUGUUGCCAUUACAUUCCCUUUCUUUGGUGGACUUCUUGGAUUCUUCGGAGGAUUUGCCUUCGCCCCAACUACAUACUUCCUUCCUUGCAUCAUGUGGCUUGCUAUCCACAAACCCAGAAAGUUUGGGCUCUCAUGGUGGGCCAAUUGGGUUUGCAUUGUUUUCGGAGUUAUGCUGAUGGUGUUAGCACCAAUCGGAGGACUAAGACAGAUCAUAAUUGACGCGAGAUCCUACAAAUUCUACUCAUAAGAAGCUUUUUUACAGUCUGAAGAACAGCAUCAGAGUUUCUGGUUUUGAUUUGAUAAUGGCGAAAAUGAUGAUGAAAUCCUUCUAAAUUGCUCGUCUAUUAUAGUCAGUCAGAAUUAUACAGUUUUUUAAGCUAGGGUACAGUUGGGUCUGAUACAUUUUCUGAAUCUGCAGCUAGUUUUAUGUUCUUCAUUUUGUCAGUUGUGUGCAUAUAGAAAAAGGUUUUCUGCUCUGAGUUUCCAAACAGAUACAGAUUUAUUUACAAAUUCAUGUAAAAAGGGGUUGUUUUGUUCUUUUGCCAGUUUAAUUACACAGUUUUAGACUCUUAUUUUGAAGUAUAAAGAAUCAGUUUCAGAUUUUCAGAACA